AUGGCUAACUUCAGCAACGAAACGUUACCUGGUGAAGAGUACUUGAACACUACAUGGUCAUCAGACACAGAUAUACCUCUACAGUACUGUGUCUACUCGCAGAAUGCUGUAAGUUUUUUGGCAUUUAAAUUGGAUAGACAAAUAACAUUGGAUUUAAAAUUUUUACAAAUAUUUGUCAAAUUCAAGUCUUGCUAUCUAUAAUACAGCUUUAUAUAAAGUUUUGUUUUUGUUUAAUUUUACAGUUUUUAAUGCCAUCCUUUUAGGUAAUUCAAGCCAUGGCAUUCAUUGUUGUAUCAAAUCUUAUCGUACUGGUAAUUAUCGGGUACUUAAUCUACGACGCAAGUUUCAGUACCACCAUGAUGGAAGUGCGGAACAGUAUCAGCACGUGCAGUCACGCCUUAACAAGAACGUGCAGGUUCAGUACUGUAAGUUAUGUAAUUGGAAAGUUGUGUAAACAUAAUAUUGCGUCAGAACGUGAAUUAUAUUAUAUUUUUAACGAGUUUUUUAAAAGAUUUUUAAUAAUGUUACAGUAAGUUACAUUUUACAGUACCCCGUAGCAGUGAUCAUGGCCAAAGCCGAGGACAUAGGCAUGAAAAGGGAAGACGUCGUCAACGAGUACGUCAAAGAUUCUUAUCAGCGCCGUUCUUUCGUUUACAACGUGCUGGGAGAGACUCCGUUCACCCGAAUGUUCCUUCAAUCGUUCCCAUCUCAGUUCAUGAACAGUGGCUUCGAAGGCGAACUUCUGAUUACCAAGAAAGAUGCUUGA